GGCAGGGCUAAAGGCAGUGACAUUGGGGACCUUCCCCUGCUCAGACCCUCAUUCCCCAGAAGAGCCAUGCUCGGGGCUGCGGGAACCCUGGUUUCUGCCUUCUGGGCAGCGCUCCAUCCUGGAACGCUGCUGUUAGCUGCUGUCUCCUUCCUGUUCUUUGUCGACUUCAUUAAAACCCGGCGCCCUAAGAACUACCCACCAGGGCCCUGGCGCCUGCCGUUCGUGGGAAACUUGUUCCAGGUGAACUUUGAGAGGUCGCACCUGGCACUCCAGCCGUUUGUGAAGAAAUAUGGAAACAUUUUAAGCCUGGAUUUUUCUAAUGUACCUUCAGUGGUUAUUACUGGACUGCCCUUAAUCAAGGAAGUCUUGAAUCACAUGGAGCAAAACUUUGUGAACCGUCCUGUCACCCUUACCCGAGAACACAUCUCGGGUAAAAAUGGACUGAUCUUCUCCAGUGGCCAGACAUGGAAGGAGCAAAGACGGUUUGCCCUGAUGACACUGAGGAACUUUGGGUUAGGAAGGAAGAGCUUAGAGCAGCGCAUUCAGGAGGAGGCCCACUACCUUGUCCAGGCCAUAGGAGAGGAGAAAGGGCAGCCUUUUGACCCUCACUUCAAGAUCAACAAUGCAGUUUCCAACAUCAUUUGCACAGUCACUUUUGGGGAGCGCUUUGAUUACCAGGACAGUCAAUUCCAGGAAAUGCUGAAGUUACUGGAUGAGGCAAUCUGUUUGGAGACAUCACGAAUGUGUCAGCUCUACAAUCUUUUUCCGUGGAUAAUGAGAUAUCUUCCUGGACCACAUCAGAAAGUUUUCGAGAACUGGGAAAAUCUGAAACUGUUUGUUUCUGGUAAGAUUGACGAACACAGGAGAGACUGGAAUCCCGAUGAGCCGAGAGACUUCAUUGACGCUUUCCUCACGGAAAUGACAAAGUACCCAGACAAGACCACUACAAGCUUCAAUGAAGAAAACCUCAUCUGCAGCACACUGGACCUCUUCUUUGCUGGAACAGAGACAACAUCGACGACACUUCGCUGGGCUCUGCUUUUCAUGGCCCUCUACCCAGAAGUCCAAGAAAAGGCACAGGCUGAGAUUGACAGAGUGAUUGGUCAGGGGAGACAGCCCAACCUGGCUGACCGAGAGUCCAUGCCCUACACCAAUGCUGUCGUCCAUGAGGUGCAGAGAAUGGGCAACAUCAUCCCCUUGAAUGUUCCCAGAGAAGUGACAGUUGACACCACGCUGUCUGGGUUCCUCCUGCCAAAGGGGACCAUGAUCCUGACCAAUCUGACUGCACUGCACAGCGACCCCGAAGAAUGGGCCACACCAGAGACCUUCAAUCCAGAGCACUUUUUGGAAAAUGGACAGUUUAAGAGGAGAGAAUCUUUUCUGCCAUUCUCAAUGGGGAAGCGGGCUUGCCUUGGGGAACAGUUGGCCAGGUCUGAGCUGUUCAUUUUCAUCACUUCCCUUAUACAAAAAUUUACCUUUAAGCCCCCACUCAAUGAGAAGUUGAGCCUGAAAUCCCGAGUGUCCCUCACCCUUUCCCCAGAGAGCCACCACAUCUGCGCUGUUCCUAGGCUGUAAUGUUGGAGAAGAAAAGAGAAGUGACGUGUGUUCUUAAGCCGCUGAUGUGUGUUCUCAUACGAGGGGAGAAAGUGAGGAUAACUGAGGAAACACAGUUGUAAUAAGAUUAUGGAAACUGAAUCCAAUUUCUGGACUGCUAGAUCUCUACAUUGGUGCUGGGAAAAUCACUGACGUGCUCAGUGGUAUAUCUUUUCUUCUAAAAGCUACAAAGGGAAUGAUGGUUCCUCUAGCUUAAAAAAAACAUUUGUAAGAAUCACAUGAUAUAAUGGAUUAAAAGUGAUUUGUAAAUCAUAAAAAUAUAAUUAAAAAGUUAUGUUAUAA